UCUUCGCGAGAGAGCGCCGUUUCCGGGAGGGAAGACAGAGAACGCGCAGAGACCACACUCCCGAUAGGCCUCGGGAGUAGCGGCCCGGUGACUUGUGGGAGGUGUAGUUCUUCAGGCGCGGAAGCCGCGGUCCUCGGCCGACAGAGGACUCCGUUUCCCAGAAGGCCCAGCGCGGCGCAAGAUGGAGGCAGCCAGGCCGCGGUGAGCUGCUCUAAAACAGACACCAUUGGCGUUUACUUCGUGUCUCCUUUCCUGGAGUUGUGCCUUCAUUUUGGGAGUCACGCGAGGCCCAGAGGAAUGGAGAUCUUGCCUGUGUUUGACCUGGUGCCGGGCACUCAGAGCCACUCCUGGUCUUCCUGGCCUGGUCCUCGCCAGCCACUGAGCCACUGAGCAGAGCCGUGCCUGGGAGCGGGGCCGUUGCGACCAAGAGCCUUCUCCAGCGCUCGGCCCACCAGCCGUCCAGCACAGGCGCCCAGCAGCCAGGGAGUGACCGACUCCCCGGGCUGCUUCGGUGCAGGUGUGGUGUGGCUGGGGGACGCAUGGCUGAGGCAGGGGACGGCCAGCACUUCCUUGGCUCUGGGGGCGAUGCUCUGCCUCCCGACCCCGUCUGCCUCAGCGACUCGGACUCCGACCUCAGCCUGCUUGAUGAUGCUGAAGUGGAAGCUCCGUCUCCAAGGGGGCUGCCCGGGGAAGCCCUGGGGGAUUCGGGCCACCAUGAGCCCCCCUCGCCCCCGAGGAGCUUCCCCACAGCGGCGGUGCAGCCCUUCCACCUGAGAGGCACGAGCCCCACCUUCUCCCAGCGCAGCCACGACAUCUUCGGCGGCCUGGAGCGGGCAGCCAGGCGGGCUCCGCCCUCUGCGGCCCCAGCCACCCCUGGCGACAGUGGGGGCUUCCGGCAGCCACUGACACUCUCCAGCCGGCCCCCAGCUGGGGGUCUGAGCAGGGCCACUCGGAAUCCCGCUCCCCUGAGGGUGCCCCCCGUUCCUGACUACGUGGCCCACCCCGAGCGCUGGACCAAGUACAGCCUGGAGGACGUGGCUGAGGCCAGCAAUCAGAGCAACCGGGCCGCCGCCCUGGCCUUCCUGGGCCCCCAGAGCCUGGCCGCCCCCAGCGGCUAUGUGCCCUCCUUCAACCAGGACCCCUCCAGCUGUGGGGAGGGCCGGCUCAUCUUCACCAAACCAGUCCGAACCGGUGAGCCCCGGCUUGAGAAGAGGAGGCUCCCGAGGAAGGCAGGGGAGCUGGGUGGGAGCGCCCGCGGGAUCCCGGGAGUGGUGGGGGGCGAGGGCCCCGUGGAGCUGGCCCACCUGGCCAGGCCCGGGAGCCCAGAGGCCGAGGAGUGGAGCAGACCCCGGGGGGGCCUGCAGGAGGUGGGUGCACCUGAGGGGGAGGCCCACGCGGGCUCUGGGGCCAGCGCCCUGCCAGGGGAGACGGUUGGCUUCCACAGCAGCAAGAAGCGGAGCAGGGACCACUUCCGGAGCAAGGGCAGCAGCCCCGAGGCCCCAGGCGCGGAGGUCUGAGUGUGGAGACCACCUGGCCACCC